AUAUGGAAGUUUCAGAUAAAAGUAUUGUUUCGUGCCAAUGAGGUUUUGCAGUUAGCUACAGAAAAUACAGAAGUAGAUAACAGAAAUGAUGCAUGGAAAAAGAAAGACGCGAUAGCACAAAAAAUAAUAAUAUCAACUUUAGAUAAAAAGCCAUUUUUGCACAUUAUGGACUGCGAAACAACUUAUGAGAUGUGGAAGAAAUUUAGCAAUAUUUAUGAGAGAGAUACAGAGCAACAAAGAUGCAAACUUUUACAAGAAUUUUACAGUAUUUCAUAUGAAAAAGAUACAGAUAUGUCAUCGUAUAUCAGCAAAAUAAAGAAUUUAGCUUACAGGUUAAAUGCAAUUGAUACUAAAAUUGAUGAUAAAAUGUUGAUUUCGAAAUUGUUGGCUACCCUCCCAAAGGAGUACUCGUAUUUUAUUAGUGCAUGGGAAUUGACGAAGUUGCAAAGGAAAACGUUAGACAACUUGACAGCUAGACUGAUAGAGGAAGAACAAAGACAUCAUCCAAAGGAACAAGAGGAAGCAAUAGCUUUUAAAACUUCGUAUAAAAGGUGUAAUAUCUUCAAUAAAGCAGGUCAUCUGGCAAAGUUUUGCAGAGCAAAGGCAUCGAAUAAAGAAAAAAAACAG